AUGACCACCAUUGACCCUAAAGCAAUUGAUCGUCACCAGCGCUACGUUGAGGAACGAGCGCGAGCCUCAUACAUUGCUUCAAUUGCUCAACCGGAAGCUUCUUUCGAUGUUUCAGUCGCCGCCCAAGUACAGACCCCUGAGGAUAAAGAUUACGCAAUUUUGAACAAGCGACUGCAAUGGCAAAUGGAUCACCAACUACGUGGCCUCACGUACAAACCAAUUGAUCUAGCUACUGCAAAGCUGAUGGUUUUCACCGAUGGUUCUUUCGCAAACAACAAGGACUUAUCCUCCCAACUAGGAUUCGUCAUUGCCCUCGUUAACGAGACAAACCACAAAGAAAAACAGUUCGAGAUUAGUGGUAACAUCGUACACUGGAGUUCAACAAAGUGCAAACGUGUUACCCGUAGCGUCCUAGCAUCAGAGAUCUACGGUAUGGCCAACGGAUUCGACAUAGGCAUCUCCUUGCGAUGA